AUCAACAAUCUGCAUAACGGAACCUCGAUGGUAAACAAUAAAACAGUUGCAUUCGUAGUCGCAAUUGGGUUCAUCUUCUUGAACCUCAGUGGUCAUUGCUAUGCAGCUCUUCAGUUCGGGUUCUACAAUGGUAAGUGUCGAGGUUCAGAUGUUGAAGACAUUGUACGAAAAACAGUCCUCUCCAAGUUCCUUGUCGACAGAACAAUCACCCCAGCUCUCCUUCGCAUGCAGUUCCAUGAUUGCUUUGUUAAUGGGUGUGACGCAUCGAUUUUACUAGACGGAACCAACUCUGAGAAAACAGCGCCGCCAAAUCUAAGUGUUAGAGGCUACGAUGUCAUUGAUGCUGUAAAAACUGCAGUCGAAAGGGUGUGCCCCGACGUCGUUUCUUGUGCUGAUAUAAUCGUGAUGGCUACAAGAGAUGCCGUGUCCUUGAGUGGAGGAGGUAGAUACAAUGUACAAACAGGAAGAAGGGAUGGACGUGUGUCUCUUGCAAAAGAUGCUCAAAUUCUUCCAUCUCCUUCUUCAUCAGUGUCAAGCGCAAUUCAAGCUUUUGCUACCAAAGGACUCACUGCCAUCGACAUGAUCUAUCUUCUUGGUGGUCACACUAUCGGAAUUGCUCAUUGUUCGUUUUUUCAAGAUCGGCUUUACAAUUUCCAAAACUCUGGUAAACCAGAUCCGACGAUGGAUUUGGCGCUGCUAACGUCUCUUAGGCGUACAUGCCCUCAGAAUGCUACGGUUGAUGGGAAGGCGAACUUGGAUCAAAACUCUUUUAACUCUGCAGUGGUGGACAAAUCUUUCUAUACACAAAUAAUGUUGCGAAGGGGAGUUCUCCAAAUUGAUCAAGAAUUGGCAGUGGAUGGUUUGAGCAAGUCCACGGUUGCAGCCAUUGCUGGUUCGUCUGACUUCACCACCAAGUUUGGUCAAGCCAUGGUUAAGUUGGGUGGCACCCAUGUUCUUACGGGAACACAAGGGGAGAUAAGGAAAUCAUGCCGGUCGGUCAAUAGUCAAACUUUGAUGGCUUUAGUUAAUGGGUGA